AAGAAGACCGUUAUCAGCAAGUCUACUCGAUGUGGCCUCGUAUUUCCAGUGGCUCGAGUUCGCCGCCUCCUGAAAACUUCUAAGCUAGCUCGCUCUACGCGAAUUUCCUUAGCCUCUGUCGUCUACUUGACUGCCGUUCUAGAAUAUCUCUCGAGUACGGCUUUCAGCUGUGAAGUUGUUGACUUAGCUGGUAGAGUUACAAAGGGAAUCAAACGCAAGACAAUAUCACCUCGCUCAAUUAUGUUAGCAGUUCGUGCGGACGAAGAGUUAUUUAAGGUGUUGUCAGGAGUAAUCUUUCCAUUCAGUGGGACCACACCCUACAUUUAUCCUUCUUUGCUUCCUCAAAAGCCACCAAAGCAACCAUCCACUCCCCGUGCUCCCAGCACAGUUAAGAAGGCAAAAGUUCUGCACAAAAUCAAGCUGCCACUGGGCCAGACUCUCCAGAUAGUUCAAGCAGACAUUGCAGAACUGAGUGUAGACGCAGUCGUCAAUCCAACCAACAGCACAUUUUGGAUGGGAGGUAUGGUAGGAUCCCGACUAAUGGCUGUGGGAGGAGAUGCCUUUGCCAAGGUCAUGAGGGAUGUCCGCAGCUGCAUCACCAAUUUGCAAAAGAAUAGUGCUUUCGUGACAAAAGGCACUGGAAUCAAAGCCCGUAAUGUGAUUCACGUGAACGGUCCAACGUGGAACUCCAACCGUUCCGCGUAUUGUAUAAGAGAUCUUGGAAAGACGAUAAGUAACUGUCUUGUCACCGCCGAGAAGGCCGGUUUUACAUCCAUUGCCUUGCCUUCGGUAGGCAGUGGAAAAGCUAAUUUCCCCAAGGACCUGGCAGCUGAGAUCAUCGUGAACACAAUCAAGACCCACCUUAAUCAGGGCAAGACGUCGCUAACUGAUGCGCGUUUCGUACUCUUUGACCAGGCCUCCAUUGACGCCUACACAUACGAGCUAAACCGCACAACCUGA